GGGGCGGCCCCGGGGCCGAGCGGCGGCUGCGGCAGCGGCACCGCGGGGACGCGGCGGCCGCGGGGACACGGCCAGGCAGCGGGGACACGGCCCGGCAGCGGGGGGGCGGCGACAUUAGGGACAGCCACGCCGGCAGCUGCCGGGAUUACCGGGAUAAGGGCGGUUCCGAACCCCAGCGCCUACCUGAGCGCUUUCCCCGCGUUCUCCGCCCGCCCGGGCGCGGCGGUGGCGAUGGAACCGGGACGGCGGCGAGCGCAGCGCCGGCACCGGGGCGCUCGGGAUCCUCGGCUUUCCCUCGUUGCUGAGGUGUGCUGACCAUGCUGCCCGCAGCGCUGUCGCCGACCCCGCCCGCGUCGCUGACCCCAAAGGAGCAGGAUCUGUAGGGUUUGCGCKGCCCCAUGGAGCCCGACCCCCAGGCCAGCAUGCAGGUGGGCAUGCGGGUGGUGCGCGGCGUGGACUGGAAAUGGGGCAGCCAGGACAGCGGCGAGGGCAACGUGGGCACCGUGGUGGARAUCGGCCGGACGGGCAGCCCCACCACGCCCGACAAAACCGUGGUGGUGCAGUGGGACCAGGGCAACCGCACCAACUACCGCACGGGAUUCCAGGGUGCCUACGACCUGCUGCUCUAYGACAACGCCCAGAUCGGUGUCCGGCACCCCAACAUCAUCUGUGACUGCUGCAAGAAGCAUGGGAUCCGUGGGAUGAGGUGGAAGUGCAAGAUGUGCUUCGACUACGACCUGUGCACGCAGUGCUACAUGAACAACAAACACGACCUGGGCCACUCCUUCGAGCGCUACGAGACCGCCCAUUCCCAGCCGGUCCUGGUGAGCCCUCGGCAGAAUCUGACUCGCAUCACAUUAAAAGGGACUUUCCARGGGGCCAAAGUGGUCCGUGGGCCUGACUGGGAGUGGGGCAACCAGGAUGGGAAGCCAGCUGAGCUGCAGAGGAAGGAGAGCACGGACAGACAUCCCUUCCAGCACGGGGACAAGGUCAAGUGCCUGCUGGACAUCGACAUCCUGCGGGAAAUGCAGGAGGGCCACGGAGGCUGGAAUCCCAAAAUGGCUGAGUUCAUCGGGCAGACGGGCACUGUGCACAGGAUCACGGACAGAGGGGACGUCAGGGUCCAGUUCAACAGUGAGACCCGCUGGACCUUCCACCCUGGAGCCCUGACCAAGCUCAACACUUUUUGGGUUGGUGAUGUGGUCCGGGUCAUCGACGACAUGGAAACGGUGAAACGCUUCCAACCUGGUCACGGCGAGUGGACUGAUGAGAUGGCCCCAACGCUGGGGCACAUCGGGAAGGUGAUCAAGGUCUACGGGGACGGAGAUCUGCGCGUGGCUGUGGGGGGACAGUCGUGGACCUUCAACCCCGCGUGCCUGACGGCCUACCAGAGGGAGGAGGAGGCCAACCUGAUGACCACCGACAGCGCCAAGGAGCCCAAAAGUACUUUGGUGACAGUCCUGGAGAAGCUGCUGUCACAGAGGACGGAGUCGGAGCACGCCGGGUGUUUGGUCAUUUGUGCUGCCCUCAACAAUGCGGCCAAAGUCCGGGAGCUCCUCCAGAAAUACCCAGACAAGGCGAGUUUGGAAAGCAAAAAUAUUGCUGAGGUUGCCCGGCUGCUCCUGGCCAAGGGGGCCAGUGCAGAUUUGCUGAACAAUGGCCAGUGCACACCUCUGAUGGUGGCCGUGAGCCAGGGCUUCACCGAGGUGCUGCGAGCGCUCUGCGAGCUCAACUGUGACGUCAACCUCCCAGAUGCCCAUGGAGACACCCCCCUGCACUGCGCCAUCACUUUGGACGACAAAGCCGCCAUUGAGAUCCUCACCGAGGUCCCCAACAUCGACUUCACYGUCCAGAACAGCCAAGGCUUCAACCUCCUCCACUAUUCUUCUCUCAAAGGCAACAAGCUGGGCGGUUCUGGGGGSUUUCUUGAACAUUUUUGGGGUUUGGAUUGCCAGCAGCUCAUGGCCCUGGCUGUGGAGAAAUGCCAGGGGGGUAUGGGAGCCUCCCUCCUUUCCAAGCUGCAGGCUUCUGGCUUCCUGGGCAGCAUGGAGCUGAACGUGGGCACUGCCAUCGCCUGCUACCUGGCACAGGAGGGGGCUGAUAUUAAUUAUGCAAAUCACCGGGGGAAGUCUCCUCUGGACCUCAUCACRGACGGGAGGAUCGUCCAGAUUGUCAAGGACUUCUCACAGAAAUUCAGGUGAAUUGUGGCCUUGGGAAAUUCCUGCUUUUCUGC